UUUAGGUGAGAUGACAAUGGCAUACCGCAAUAUUUUCUUGAUGUUUAUAACAUGAGAAACUCUCUCUACAACUUCACAUGCUAUACGUUCCAUCAAAGGAAUUAUUCUCUCAUCUUUAUUGUAAUGCCUUGAUAUGAUCCACACCAUGUGGUGGCAUGCAUUAAUGAUGGGAUUGUAUCCAAGACAUUUUGGAAGCUGUUACCCAUUGAUAGAUUCUUGAAAUGUCUUUCAAGUGUUGAAAGAAAUCUGACAUUAUCUUUAGCUUCGACGUAGUACUUUGUUAGUUCUAACCUGUGCCAAAAAGUAAAAUUAAGAUUAUAGAAAAUUUUUUAAUCAUACAAAAUAAUCUUGGACUGCACAAAUCUUUUCUUGUAUCUUAAAUUCUUUGAUAAAAAUAUUAAAGCCCUUCUUUAAAAUGGGUUUUUGAUAGUCAACUUACUUAUGUGGGGUUUCAGAAUGAAUAUCUCAUCCAAUAUCUCGAUUGAUCUUUGCACAGCUGGUAGAUUUAGUUACUCAAAAAUAGCACUGAGUGUUGCAUUCCGUUCUCACCAAAAGUCAAUUUCUGCAAGUGGUCCAUGACCUUGUGGCGUUCUAAUACUUGUUCUACGGCAGAUGCAAUGGCAAUCUCCCAGCUGUGGAUGGUUUCCUCCAGUGAGAAAACUAAAUUGUGGUCACGAGCUUGUGCAGAUAUAUUAGCAGUGAGAUUCCAAGCAAACAUUGGAAUGUCCAUUUUGAAUCUUGAAGAGAAUUUAGUACAGAUAUACAACAUGUUGUUUUCAUACAACAAUCAUAAGAAUGAGACUUACAUCUUACCUGAUGGCACCCACAUGUCUAACGACGAAAUAAUACAACGACAAAAAUCACAAGAAACAAAAAAUAAACUUUUUGUUCGCGAUGAGUUUUUGAUACAGUUGCAAAAGUUUACUUUACAGUUGUCACGAACUAUAAAACAAAUAGAAGGUGAUAUCAAAUUGGACAUUCCAAUGUUUGCUUGGAAUCUCACUUCUAAUAUAUCUGCACAAGCUCGUGACCAAAAUUUAGUUUUCUCACUGGAGGAAACCAUCCACAUUUGGGAGAUUACCAUUGCAUCUGCCGUAGAACAAGUAUUAAAAAGAACGCCACAAGGUCAUGGACCACUUGCAGAAAUUGACUUUUGGCGAGAACGGAAUGCAACACUCAGUGCUAUCUUUGAGCAACUAAAUCUACCAGCUGUGCAAAGAUCAAUCGAGAUAUUAGAUGCAAUUCAUUCUGAAACACUUGCAAGUUUCAAUUACCAUAAGUUAGAACUAACAAAGUACUACGUCGAAGCUAAAGAUAAUGUCAGAUUUCUUUCAACACUUGAAAGACAUUUCAAGAAUCUAUCAAUGGGUAACAGCUUCCAAAAUGUCUUGGAUACAAUCCCGUCAUUAAUGAAUGCACUUCACAUGGUGUGGAUCAUAUCAAGACAUUACAACAAAGAUGAAAGAAUGGUUCCUUUGAUGGAACGUAUAGCAUGGGAAGUUGCAGAGAGGGUUUCUCACGUUAUAAACAUCAAGAAAAUAUUGCGAGAACCUCCUUUGGCUAUUAAGAAAAAAGCUCAAGAUGCAAAAGAGUCCUUGCAAAUGUGGAAGGAAACAUAUUUUGAAGUAAGAGCUAAAAUUGAAGCAUCUGGUAGAGAUGCCAGAUGGGAAUUUGACCGAAAGCGUUUGUUUGAGAGGACUGACUAUAUGGCAAAAAUAUGUGAAAACAUUAUUGAAAUUGCACAGGUUAUAGAGGAAUUUCACAACAUUUUUGGCCCUGAAUUGAAAUCAGUUACUGGUGAUCCCAAACGUAUUGAUGAAGUGCUAACAAGGGUUCAAGCACUUGUUGUUCCCUUUGAAAAUGUUGUGUUUGACCCGUUUACCAUUCGGUAUGCUAACAACUGGAACACAGUAAUGGAAUGGUUUCGAAAACAAGUUGUUGCCAUCGACAAUGAAGCUAGACAUUUUAUCGAUGAUUCUUUUAAAACGUUACGUUCAGCUGAAGGAGCAUUUGAUAUGCUGUUGAAAUUUAAACAUAUCCGUUCCCGUGAAGCAAUCAACAACCAAAUGAUGAAAAAGUUCAAUGACAUCCUGUUACAAUUUGGGAAAGAGGUUGAUCUUACCUAUGAGAUGUUUAAAGAACAAGAAUCUAACCCACCUAUUUGUAAAAACCAUCCACCUGUGGCAGGUGCAAUAAUGUGGGAAAGGUCAUUGUUUCAUCGUAUCAAAGGAACUAUUUUAAAAUUUCAAGUAAUGGAGGAUAUGUUGAACAGUGAAACUGGAAAACUGGUGACUCGUAAAUAUGUGGCUGUUGCAAGAAUAAUGAAAGCAUAUGAAGAUCAGAAAUAUGUUGCAUGGAAGGAACAUGUUGAAGCUACUUUAAUGGGUUAUCUGAAACGCAACUUGUUAAUUCGACCAACAUCUGGUACAAGAAGCCAAGCAGCAUUGGUUGAUAAUAACAAAUCAUCAGUGAGAAACUUGAAUGUUGGUGCUCAAAAGUCACAAACCUCUGCCAUACACUACAUUGUUGAUUUUGCUCCCGAAUUAUCCGAAAUAAUUAUUGAAUCAAAAUAUUUUGAACAAGCUGGAUUUUCCAUCCCUGACUUGGCAAGAAAUGUUGCAUUACAGGAGGAGAAAUAUAUACGCAAUGUUAAUGGUUUAAAGCAAAUGUUGAAUCAAUACCAUAAUUGCUUAAAUAUGUUAAACCCUGCAGAAUAUCAACUUCUGGAUGAUCACAUUAAAGACCUUCAUCGUGUCCUAAAACCCGGGGAAAAGAGGCUAAACUGGAAUUCACUUGGUAUUUAUGACUACAUCACUAAAUGUGGACAGGCUAUUGCUAAAUUUGAGUCACUUAUUAACCAAGUACAAAAGAAUGCUAAAGAUAUUAACAGUAGACUGCAAGUGCUGGAGAAAAGUGAACUGUUUUUGAGACCACCCGUCACAGUAGCCGGCACAUUUCCUGUAAUAAAGGAGUAUAUUGAUUUUCUGGAAAGGAUUCGUGUACAUGAUAUGGAGUCUUUGGCACGUAAAUACCGUGCAAUUGGGCCACUCUUAACCAAGAUGGAGGGUUUAGUUGCACACACAAACACAGGAAAGUCACCAAAGCUUCAACAAUAUUAUUCCUACUGGGAGAAAAGAAUUUUUCAGUCCCUAUUGAAGUUUGUCACUAAAAACUUGCAGUCAAUUUUGCAUCAGAUUCAAUCCAAAGAGCCUUUGUUUCAAGUUGAAACUGUACUCUCUGCUCCUGAAAUCGUUUUGCUCCCAUCAGCUGGAGAAUUGUACAAGCUGUUGCUACAAAUGGUGCGAGAUACAGUGGAAAGUACAAAGUUGUUUAUACGUUGGAUGCAUGGUACGUGUAUUGAAACACCACCACAACAUAAAGAAAGUGAGGACGAACCUAUCAUAUUCAGCUUCUUCACUGACAUUUCCGCUCAUCCACAAGUCCUUGAUAUGGUGAUUCAAAUCUCGAAAUCAGUGCAAACAACAUUAGGUGGUUUAAAUAAAUACCUAAAUAAAUGGAAAAGAUACCGACGUCUUUGGAGCCUUGAUAAGACUUUAUUAAUUGAAAAAUUUGCAGCAAAGAAACCCACAUGUGUUCAGUAUGAUGAAAAGUUGCAGUUUUAUUCCAAUCUUGUUAUUGAGCUUGGAUCUCAACCUGUUAUAAAAGAUAUUGAUUUCAUUCAUUUAAAUUUGGAACCUCUUGUCAUCAGCAUUCAAAGCAAUGCAAGAAGUUGGGUGAAAUGUAUAGGGAAAUUGUUGAAUGAAGCAGUGAGAGAAAAUUUAAAUAGUUUAAAAAGUGAAUUGAAUACACAUUCACAAGACUUAACAUGUUCACCUGACACAUUGGAAGAUUUAAAGUUUGUUUUAAGAAGCAUUGCUCGCAUUCGUGAUAUGCAGCUUGAAGUGGAAUUACAAAUAUUUGAUAUUCAAGAGCGCUAUCGUACAUUAGAAAUGUACAACAUAGAGAUUGCUGUCCCGGAAAGAGAGUUAUCUUAUACCAUCUCACAAAUUUGGGAUGAUUUGUGUUAUCAAGCUAAAGAGGUGGAUGCAAGUUUGGUAUCUGUCAAAACAACAUUCACUGAACUUACCGUAAAUCAAGUUAAAGAGUUUUCAACAGAAAUUGGAAAAUUUCGAGAAGUAUUUAUAAUAGAUGGACCAGGUUCAGUUGAUUCUGAUCUUGAUCAAGGGCUUGAACUGCUUAAGAAAUUUAAAGAAGACUUUAACAAGUAUGAAAAGGAGCGACAAGAAUUGGCCAAUGCUGAAAAACUGUUUGAUUUACCUAUCACUAUGUAUCAAGAAAUGCAGUUGAUUGAAAAAGAAUUAAAAGGCUUGGAACUCAUUUACUCAAUCUAUGAACAACAAAAGGCUGCUAUAGAAGAUUGGUCCAGUACAUUGUGGGCAAACUUAGAUGUUACAGUUCUUUCAAAUGGAAUUGAUAAUUUUGUGAAACAAAUCAAAAAAUUACCAAAGGACGUGAAAGCACUUCCAAUUUGUCAUAUUCUCGAAGAAAAACUAAAAGAGUUCAAAAGUUCUAUACCGUUAUUUUCGGAUCUGAAGAAUGAAGCCUUGCGAGAAAGGCACUGGAAGAAACUUAUGGAGUUAACCCAAAUGAAGUUUGAUUUAAAUCCAGAAACCUUUACAUUGGAAAACAUGUUUGCUAUGGAGUUGCACCGGUUUACUGAGAUCAUUCAAGACAUUGUUGGAAGUGCUGCAAAGGAGUUGAGUAUUGAGAAAGGUAUUACUGAAGUAGCUGAAACAUGGGGAGCAAUGAAGUUUACAAUUCACAAAUAUAUGAAGGGAACACAAGAAAGAGGAUACAUUGUUGGUGCUGUUGAUGAAAUGUUGCAAAUCUUGGACGACAAUGCUAUGAACUUGCAGAGUAUGACAGCAUCUCGUUUUGUUGGACCUUUCCUAGAGAAUGUAAACAAAUGGGAAAAAAGCUUGUCACACAUCAGUGAAGUUGUUGACGUAUGGUUAGUGGUACAACGAAAGUGGAUGUACUUAGAAAGCAUAUUCAUUGGUGGUGACAUCAGAGCUCAACUUCCAGAGGAAGCGAAAAAGUUUGACGAUAUUGACAAAACAUUUAAAAAGAUAAUGAGUGAUACUGCAAAGAAUCCGAAAGUGUUGGAAGCUGCACAUGCUCCCAGCAGAUUAGAGACACUGCAGAUGUUAUCCACUGGAUUAGAGAAAUGUCAAAAAAGUUUGAACGAUUACUUGGAUAGCAAAAGAAACGCUUUUCCACGUUUCUUCUUCAUAUCUGAUGAUGAACUGUUGUCCAUCUUAGGAAGUCAUGAAGCAACUUGUGUACAAGAACAUAUGAUUAAGAUGUUUGAUAAUAUUGCCAAAUUACGCUUUGAAGAAGGAAAUUCAAGCAAUGAAGUGAUUGUCACUGCAAUGAUUUCGAGUGAGGGCGAAGAAAUGAAAUUUAAUCAAGUUAUUCAAGCUGAGGGUCGUGUUGAAGAUUGGAUGACAAAUGUGCUCCAAGAAAUGAGAAAAACUAAUCGUUUAAUAACAAAAGAAGCAAUUUAUAAAUAUUGUGAAAACUGUACAAGACCUGACUGGAUGAUGAAGUAUCAAGGUAUGGUUGUGUUAGCUGGUAGCCAAGUCUGGUGGACAUGGGAAGUGGAAGAUGUUUUUGAUCAAGUGAAGAAAGGUAACAAAUUGGGCAUGAAAAAUUAUGCAAAGAAGAUGCAUGCACAGAUUAAUGAUUUAGUUGUCAAGGUGCGGUCUAAUCUUUCUAAUAAUGAUCGAAAAAAGUUUAAUACUGUUCUAAUUAUUGAAGUCCAUGCAAGAGAUAUCAUUGAUAGAUUUGUUAGAGAUAGUAUAAUGGAUGCUAGAGAGUUUGAAUGGGAAAGUCAAUUGCGUUUUUAUUGGGUACAAAAGCCAGACGAACUGAUUGUCAAACAAUGCACAGGAAAAUUUGGGUAUGGUUAUGAGUACAUGGGUUUAAAUGGUAGACUGGUUAUCACGCCACUUACUGAUCGUAUCUAUUUAACCAUUACUCAGGCGUUGUCCAUGUAUCUUGGUGGUGCACCAGCUGGCCCAGCAGGUACAGGAAAGACUGAGACAACAAAAGAUUUAGCAAAAGCUCUAGGCUUGCUGUGUAUGGUCACAAACUGUGGUGAGGGUAUGGACUUUAAGUCUAUUGGAAAAAUAUUCUCCGGUUUGGCGCAAUGUGGUGCUUGGGGAUGUUUUGAUGAAUUUAACAGGAUUGAUAUAUCUGUGUUAUCAGUUGUGUCUACACAAAUUAAAACACUGCAAAAUGGUCUCAUCAUGGGACUCAAACGCUUACAGUUUGAAGGAAGUGAAAUAAGUUUAGAUCCUCGUAUGGGACUUUUUAUCACCAUGAAUCCUGGCUAUGCUGGCAGAACUGAGUUACCUGAAAGUGUGAAAGCUUUGUUUAGACCUGUCAUGUGUAUUGUUCCAGAUUUGCAACAAAUUUGCGAGAUUAUGUUGUUUUCAGAAGGCUUCCUACUUGCAAAAGUUUUAGCAAAAAAAAUGACAGUUUUGUACAAGCUUGCUGCUGGACAGCUGUCAAAACAAUCACAUUAUGAUUUUGGUUUACGUGCACUGAAAUCUGUGUUGGUUAUGGCUGGUGAACUAAAGCGUGGCUCACCAAAUCUACACGAGGAUGUUGUGCUGAUGAGAGCAUUGCGUGACAUGAAUCUUCCCAAAUUUGUUUUUGAAGAUGUUCCAUUGUUCCUUGGUUUGAUAUCAGAUUUAUUUCCUGGUCUGGAUUGUCCACGUGUGCGUUAUCCUGAUUUCAACGAUGCUGUUGAAAGUGUCUUAGAGCAGAAUAAUUACGUGUUGAUGGCACAUCAGAUUGACAAGGUUGUGCAAAUGUACGAGACAAUGAUGACACGUCAUACUACAAUGAUUGUCGGACCAACCGGUGGUGGCAAAUCUGUUGUCAUCAAUACUUUAUGUCAAGCACAAACAAAGCUUGGAACACAUACUCGUAUGUACACAAUGAACCCGAAAGCGUGCUCUGUCAUUGAACUGUACGGGACACUUGAUCCAGUCACACGCGAUUGGACUGAUGGUUUGCUUUCCAACAUCUUUCGAGAUAUCAACAAACCUACUGAAAAGAAAGAACGAAAAUAUAUUUUGUUUGAUGGUGAUGUAGAUGCGUUAUGGGUAGAGAACAUGAACUCAGUUAUGGAUGAUAAUCGUCUUCUCACUCUAGCUAAUGGAGAACGUAUUCGAUUGCAAGCUCAUUGUGCCCUGCUGUUUGAAGUGUCAGAUCUACGGUAUGCUUCACCCGCAACCGUCUCGCGUUGUGGGAUGGUGUACGUGGACCCAAAGAACCUUGGUUAUGAUCCCUACUGGCAAAAAUGGGUAAACAGCCGUGUAAACAAACAAGAACAAACGGAACUGCAGAAGCUGUAUGAAAAAUAUGUGAAAAAUCUAAUUGAUAUGAUUUUGGAAGGUAUUGUUGAUGGUAGAGAGGAAGCCAAACUUAAAACUAUUGUUCCACUUACAAACCUUAACAUGGUGACUCAGUUAAGCAUGAUGUUGAAUGCUCUUCUCCCACCACGAGAUGCGAACAAUUUUCUUGGUGAAGAUGUGACCGAAUGUGUAUUUAUCACCUCUCUUGUAUGUUCUAUUGGUGCUGGGCUGCUCGAUGAAGGCCGUAUAAAAUUUGAUGCCUACUUGAAAAGGUUAUCAGGACUUCCAUCGAACCCUGUUGAGAAUACUAUCGUGAAAGCUGGCGAACUGCCAACAGCCUUGCCAACAUUGUACGACUAUUAUUAUGACGUGGAUCAAGCCUGCUGGGUUUCGUGGUCAUCAAUCGUUCCAGAAUACGUACAUGAUCCUGAAGUACGCUUCAAUGAAAUAUUGGUGCCAACUAUUGACACUGUAAGAAGUACUUGGUUGGUUGAGCUCAUGGUGAAGAUAAACAGACCAGUUGUGCUGGUAGGAGAGACUGGUACUUCAAAAUCUGCCACCGUGCACAGCUUUUUGAGAGGGUUGGACAGAGAUGUCUAUCUCCCACUGAACGUAAAUUUUUCCUCGCGAACGACAUCAAUGGAUGUUCAACGAAAUUUAGAGGGCAAUGUUGAAAAGCGUACUAAGGAUACAUUUGGACCACCGAUGGGAAAGAAACUGCUUGUAUUCAUCGAUGAUAUGAAUAUGCCACAAGUGGACACGUAUGGUACGCAACAACCCAUCGCAUUGUUGAAGAUGCUUCUUGAGAGAGGUGGAAUGUAUGAUCGUGGUAAAGAAUUGAAUUUGAAGAAUUUCCGGGAUAUUGGAUUUUUGGCUGCAAUGGGAGAAGCUGGUGGUGGAAGAAAUGAAGUCGAUCCUCGAUUCAUUUCUCUGUUUUCUGUGUUUAACGUUACAUUCCCAUCGGAAGAAUCGUUACGAAAAAUAUACGUUUCCAUAUUGAAUGGACACCUGCAACCGUUUUCUAAAGAAGUUCGAGCCAUCUCUGAUACCAUCACCACGUGCACUCUUGAACUAUACAAAAGCGUGGUGCGAGAACUCCCUCCGACUCCGUCGAAGUUUCACUACAUUUUUAACCUGCGUGAUCUGUCCCGCAUCACGCAUGGUUUAUGUAUUACUACACCUGAUCGUUUCGAAGUUGUGGAGAAGUUUGUACGUGUUUGGCGAAACGAAUGUUUACGAGUGUAUUACGAUCGAUUGAUCAACGCGAAAGAUAAAGAACUUGUGCAGGGUCAUGUGACAAGACUUAUUGAGGAGCAUUUUCCUGACACGGUUGAGUAUGUGACACGUGAACCGUCCUUGUUUGGUGACUACCGGAACACACUGACAGAAGAACCAAGACUGUACGAAGAUUUAGUUGACUAUGAAGCAGCCAAAGCUUUAUUUGAAGAGAUUCUCGAAGAGUACAAUGUUGACCACAAUACGUUAAAUCUUGUCUUAUUUGAUGAUGCUUUGGAACAUGUAACGCGAAUUCACAGAGUUAUACGCAUGGAUCAGGGACAUGCCUUGCUAGUUGGUGUUGGCGGAAGUGGUAAACAAAGUUUAACUCGAUUAGCUGCAUUUUCAGCUGGUUGUGAAGUGUUUGAGAUCACACUAACAAGAGGCUAUUCUGAAAACGACCUUCGCGAAGAUUUGAAAGUGUUGUAUCAAAAGUUAGGCUUGGAGAAUAAAAAAAUGGUGUUUUUGUUUACAGAUUCUCACGUGGCUGAAGAAGGAUUUUUGGAACUCAUCAACAAUAUGUUAACAUCCGGUAUGGUUCCUGCAUUGUUUCCCGAUGACGAGAAAGAAUCUAUCUUAUCAACUGUAAGAGACGAGGCACAGAAAGCCGGUGUUUCUCCAUCUAAAGAAGCAAUUUGGCAGUAUUUCGUAACCAAAUGUGCUAAUAACCUACAUGUCGUGUUAGCUAUGUCACCUGUUGGUGAUACACUCAAAACACGCUGUAGAAAUUUCCCAGGGCUUGUUAAUAACACAAGUAUUGAUUGGUUCAUGCCAUGGCCACGACAGGCGCUAUUUGCAGUAGCAUCAAGAUUUCUUGAACAGAAUAAGUUAAUACCCGAGCAUUUAAAAGAUGAUGCGAUUGCUCAUGUUGUGAAGGUUCAUGAAAGCGUUGGCGAUUACAGUGUUAUGUUUUUGCAAAAAUUGAGGCGACUCAAUUAUGUCACGCCCAAAAAUUAUUUGGACUUUGUUAGCACUUAUACCAAGUUGUUGGAAGAAAAAGAUAAGUUCGUGCUGGACCAGUGCCAUCGCUUGGAUGGUGGUUUGAGUAAGUUACUCGCCGCGAGUGAACAGUUGGUAGAAUUAAACGAAAAAUUAGCUGUGCAAAAAGUUGCUGUAACUGAGAAGACAGAGUCGUGCGAAAAACUUUUAGCUGAGAUAUCUGAGAGAACGGGUAUCGCUACGGAGAAGAAGCAGUUAGCACUUGGUAAAAAGAAUGAAAUUGCGGAACAGAACGUUCAAAUUGUCAAAGAAAAGGCAGAAGCAGAAGAAGCGCUCGCUGAGGCCUUACCAGCUUUAGAAGAAGCGAAGAUUGCUUUGCAGGAUUUAAAUAAGUCUGAUGUCACCGAAAUCAGGUCUUUUGCCAAGCCUCCAAAAGCAGUGCAAACCGUAUCUGAAUGUAUUGUCGUUUUACGUGGUAUCAAAGAAGUAUCAUGGAAAGCUGCGAAGGGAAUGAUGUCGGAAGCGAAUUUUCUAAAGAGUUUAAUGGAGAUGGACGUGGAUGGCAUAACUGGAGCGCAGGUGAAAACCGUGAAAGGAUUUUUGAAAGAGAUGAAUAUUACAGUAGCCGAGAUGAAAGACGUCAGUACAGCAGGAUCAGGUCUAUUAAAAUUUGUCAACGCUGUUAUGGGUUAUUGCUCUGUGGCAAGAGAAAUCAAACCCAAACGUGAAAAGGUGGCUCGACUUGAACGAAAUUUCCACAUGAGCAAACGAGAGUUGGAGAAAAUUGAAAAAGAGGUAGCAGAGAUUGAAGCCGAACUGAAAGAAUUAAGUAUCAAAUAUGAAAAUGCUAUGAAGGACAAGCAGCUGUUACAAGAAGAAGCAGAACUUAUGGAACGCAGACUAAUCGCUGCUGAUAAGUUGAUAUCUGGCUUGGGUUCGGAGAAAGUCAGAUGGACGGAAGACUUGGAAGAUUUAAAGCAACAAAGGAACAGAUUGUUGGGCGAUUGCUUACUUGGUGCAGCAUUUCUAAGUUACCUGGGUGCAUUCAGUUGGGAUUUUAGAAAUGACUUAUUGCGAAAAGAAUGGGAAACUGACAUCACUGCGAAAGAAAUUCCAAAAAGUGAACCGUUUAAAAUUGACGAGUUGUUGACUAGUGAUGUUGAGAUCAGCCGCUGGACCUCGGAAGGAUUGCCUCCAGACGAGUUGAGCAUAGAAAAUGGUGUUCUUACUACGCAAGCAAGUAGAUAUCCACUUUGCAUCGAUCCACAACAGCAGGCUUUAAAUUGGAUACGAAAACGUGAAGAAAAAAACAACUUGAAGAUUUUAACAUUUAACGACCCAGAUUUUUUAAAACAACUUGAGCUGGCAAUCAAAUAUGGUUUCCCUGUCUUGUUCAAAGAUGUAGAUGAAUAUAUCGAUCCCGUUAUCGAUAACGUGUUGGAGAAAAACAUAAAAGGCGACGCAGGCCAGCAAUCUGUCUUACUUGGUGACAAAGAAGUCGACUACGACCCUUCAUUUCGACUUUACUUAAACACCAAGUUGGCCAAUCCUAAGUUUACACCUUCCCAUUUUGGAAAGUGCAUGGUUGUCAACUAUACUGUAACUUUAAAAGGUUUAGAAGACCAACUACUUAGUGUUAUUGUUGGAUUUGAAAGAAAAGAAUUGGAAGAACAAAGAGAAAGACUGAUCCAAGAGACAAGUGAGAACAAACGCUUGCUGAAAGAUCUUGAGGACACACUACUGCGCGAAUUGGCUACCUCCACUGGGAACAUGUUGGAUAAUGCGGAACUUGUACAAACUCUUGAAGAUACAAAAACAAAAGCUACGGACGUAGCUGAGAAAUUGAAGUUAGGUGCAAAAACAGCAAUCGACAUCGACAAACUUCGCGAUGGCUAUCGACCGGCUGCCAAACUGGGUGCUGUGUUAUUCUUUGUACUAGCUGAAAUGUCAAGUAUCAAUUCUAUGUACCAUUAUUCACUCAAUUCAUACCUUGAAGUAUUCGAUUUGUCGUUGAGAAAGAGUUUACCGGAUUCGAUAUUGGUAAAAAGGUUAAAGAACAUCAUGGACACACUUACUAUAAAUGUUUACAACUACGCUUGCACAGGUUUGUUUGAACGCCAUAAACUUCUCUUCUCCUUCCAAAUGACCAUCAAGAUUAUGCAAGCUGACAACAAAUUGAACCAAGAAGAACUGGACUUCUUCAUUAAAGGGAAUAUUGCCUUAGAAAAAAGCUCUCGAAAGAAACCAUUCCCAUGGCUGUCUGACCAAGGAUGGGAAGAUAUUCUGAAGUUAUGCACUGUUGCUCCUGAUGCGUUCUCGACCUUGGCAGAAGAUAUAGAACGAAAUGAGAAUUUGUGGAAACAGUGGAACGACGACGACUCUCCGGAAUCAUGCAAUCUUCCUUUAAAAUACGAAGAAGUGCUGACCGACUUUCAACGAUUACUUCUUCUCAGGUGUUUCAGAGUCGAUCGAAUUUACAGAGCAAUCACGAGUUUCGUAACAGGUCGUAUGGGUGAGCGUUAUGUCACUCCCCCUGUGAUCAGUUUUGAAGCUAUCUUUGAACAAUCCACGCCGUUUUCGCCAAUCAUAUUCAUAUUGAGUCCAGGAUCUGACCCAGCCAGUGAUUUGAUGAAGCUGGCUGAACGAAGUGGGUUCGGUGUUGGGAAACUUAAAUAUUUGGCGAUGGGACAGGGACAAGAAAAGCUCGCUCUGCAAUUAUUGGAGACGGCUAUCAGCAGAGGUCAUUGGUUAAUGCUGCAGAAUUGUCACCUGUUGGUGAAAUGGUUACGUGACUUGGAAAAAGUGUUGGAAAGAAUAAGUAAGCCGCAUCCGGAUUUCCGAUUAUGGUUGACUACCGAUCCAACACCGGAAUUUCCGAUCGGAAUUUUGCAACGUUCGUUAAAGGUGGUGACAGAACCUCCAAAUGGUUUGAAAUUAAACUUGCGCAGUACAUUUCACAAAAUCUCCACUACAGUUCUUACUGACUGUCCACACCCUUCGUUUCCACCUCUGGUGUACGUGCUUGCUUUCUUUCACGCUGUGGUGCAAGAACGAAAGAAGUAUGGAAAGAUUGGUUGGAAUAUCGCCUAUGACUUUAACGAGUCAGAUUUCCGCGUUUCCAUGCAAUUGCUAAAUACGUAUUUAACGAAGGCGUUCGUGCAAGGUGAUGUGAAGAUGCCGUGGGGAAGUUUGAAGUACCUCGUUGGAGAGGUUAUGUAUGGUGGUCGAGUCAUUGACGAUUUCGAUCGCAGGGUUGUCAACACUUACAUGGAUGAAUACAUGGGCGACUUUAUUUUUGACACAUUCCAACCAUUUCAUUUUUACCAUGAUGACAAAGUCGACUACUUUAUACCCAGGCCUCCUAUUGAAGAAACUAAAGAACAACAGAGUAUAGAUGUUAAAAAGCCUGUUAAGCAAGGAAAGACACCGAAAGAAUAUAUUCGUCCUGAAUGUAAUCGUGAUCUUUACAUGGAUGUUAUUGAAGCCUUACCACUUGUCAACACUCCCGAUGUUUUCGGGUUACAUCCGAACGCUGAAAUCGGCUACUAUACCACGGCCGCAAAAGAUAUGUGGAGCCAACUUGUGGAGUUGCAGCCGCAAACUGGUGGAGAUUCAGGUGGUAUCAGUCGGGAGGAAUUUAUUGGCAAGAUAGCUGCAGACAUACAGAGCAAAUUACCACCUUCGUAUGACGUGUCUGGCAUACGUAAAAAAAUUGGAGCAAACGUCGCACCAACAUCAAUCGUACUGUUGCAAGAACUUGAUCGGUUUAAUGUGCUCAUCAAGAAGAUGAAGACAACGCUGGCGAAUUUACAGCGGGCGCUGGCUGGUGAGGUUGGUAUGGACAAUGAGUUAGAUGAAGUUGCACGAGCCUUAUUUAAUGGUCAGCUACCUCCAAGUUGGAGAAAGCUUGCGCCAGCUACCCUUAAGAAUUUAGGUGGUUGGAUGGAGCAUUUCAUGAAGAGACAUGAACAAUACAUGUCGUGGGUAAAGGAAGGUGAACCCAAGGUAAUUUGGCUUUCAGGUCUCCACAUACCGGAUUCGUACCUUACCGCACUCGUGCAAGCUGCUUGUCGCAAGAAUGGGUGGCCACUUGACCGAUCCACCCUCUACACAACUGUCACAAAGUAUGAAAGUGAUGAAGACAUUGCAGACAACCCACCCACUGGGUGCUAUGUGAAGGGCCUAUAUUUAGAGGGUGCCUCGUGGAAUUUGAACGAAUCCGAACUAUCAAGACCUAUCCCGAAACAACUCAUAUGCGAGCUACCUAUUUUACGAGUGAUACCGAUUGAAGCGCACAAAUUAAAGUUGCACAACACGCUUCGCACACCAGUGUAUGUGACAUCGGAACGAAGAAAUGCGAUGGGCGUUGGUCUGGUGUUUGAAGCUGAUCUAGCCUCGUUUGAGCAUCGCUCCCAUUGGAUACUGCAGGGGGUUUGUUUAACUUUAAACUCCGACUAAGUGUUUAUAACAUAAAUAUAAAAUUUUAUUGAAUGCUUUCUGAUUACAGUUUAUUUUUUUCUUAAAACGUAGCUUCUGUUCUCUUACUGCAGUAAGUUUGGUGAUUCAGGAUUUUUAAGACUUCGAAUUUUUUAACAGUA